AUGAGUGGGGGAAAGGUCAUUUCUCUGGCAAACCACAACAUAAAGCCAAGUUCUCGCCAUUUAAGUUCAUCAUUGAGACGUUCAACUUCACUAGGGACGGAAUCUUCCUUUCAAUUUCGAGGUGUUCAAGAAAGACUGGAGGCAUCUACAAUGAUGACCUCCUCGUUUUGUUCUUUGGUGUUAUUGAAAUACAGUUUGAUAUUUACCGUGUUAUUGUUAGUAACUGUCAAAAUAGCACCAUGUGAAGGCGGCAGUGUGGAGGACUAUCACAGGAGGUAUGGAGAACGUGCCCGAGCCGCUUGGCUGGCAGCGACGCAGCAUAGGCGAGAUAUGAGACGUCUUGGUGGCGCUUCCCACCGUCGGUCGGAUGUCUCUCGGGAUCUGCAGGUCCACCCCACCUCCCACCACCGUCACUCCAGGGGGGUCCACGAAUCAGCCGACGAGUACCUGAGUCACCAGUCCUCGGGGAGACAUCGCCGCCACGUGGACGGAUCGGGACGCGGGUCGAACACAGCCAGGGGAGGAAAGUAUGGACACGCGCUGUUAUUUACCGGGGACGCUCAAGUUUUGCGAUUGAAGCCCAGCGGUCGAAAUGUUGCGUUUGAUAUUCCAAAGAACGAUUUUACGGUGGAAUUUUGGCUGAAACCCGAGGGCGGCCAACUGGACGAGGUCCCCAUUGUCGGCGUGUUUGAUACCUGUGUCACAGAAACUGGUCAACGACACCCAGGAACCUGGCAAAUAGGGAUAAAAGCUACGCGGAAAAACGAAAGGAAAGAUGCGCGCAUCUUCUUCUCGCUUUAUACCGAGCGAUCUCGCAAAGGCACAUUAUUAACAUCGUCCAGAAAUUAUAUUCCCGAGAAGUGGGUCCAUGUUGCUGCUGUUUAUGCCAACCAUAAAAUGAAAUUUUAUCUAGAUGGCGCCAAAGUGGCUACUGAUACAACUCAGAGAGGGGAUAUUUUCAGUGAACCAUAUCAUCGCUGCAAACAAUUUGAAAUUGGCGGAGACGCUAUUGCGAAGCGAUAUUUCCGAGGAUCAUUAGACGAAAUACGCCUCUGGAGAAAAGGGCUGCAUCACAGCGAAAUAGUUCGUCAAAUGUUUGAGGGAAAGACAACCGCACGACACCAAAACCUCGUUAUAUCGUCCAACUUCAACACCCUUACAGGAUGGGAACUAGAAGACGGCCACAACGAACCACUCAGGGUAUAUUCCACCAUUGAUGAUCACCGGUUCGACAUGGCACUGACAACGCCACCUUGUGGUCGAACGGUCUGCGAUGACCCAGAUGUAGUCCGGAGUUACGUAGCGCACCCAGAACUGCGCGCACCGAAAGAACUUCGAUACCGUUUAAUCAACGUUUACGAUGAUGAUGGCACAAACCCAUCCGUUUCCUCUUCUCAGAUACUCGCACAACAUGCAAUGUUACAAGAUGCAUUUCUACGUUAUGACAUUUCAUGGACGUAUGAGGUAAAAGAAGUAAAAAGCAGUUCGAUGAGAAAGAGAAAAGUCUUAAGAGAGUGCGAUCCAGCGAAAAUUGGGGACAAUAAAUGUGAUCGUAACUGUAACUUCACCACGACAGGCUACGAUGGAGGGGAUUGUUUGUCUUUGCCAUGUGACCAAGAACAAAUAGGGAACCAUUAUUGUGACCUGAACUGUAACCAGUACCGCUAUGGCUGGGACGGGGGUGACUGCUGUGAGACCGGUGACAGAGGACAUUGCAUAGACCCCGAGUCGCCACACAGAACCUACCUGACCUUGUCUGAAUACAAAGCCAUGUUAAAUAUAUCCAGCAAAUCACACCUGAACGUGUUCGUCCCAGAGUUGAUUGCAGCCAGUAUCCUUGGACAGGCCACAUACCCCUGGGAGAAAGGGGCUUUAGAAGAACAAGGGGGAGUCGUUAUCGAUGCUAGCCGGUAUGGACGUCCAGGCUUUAUGUCCACCCUAGUCCACGAGGUAGGACACGUCCUGGGUCUCCUUCACGUGCAUCAUGGCGUCUCUGACCUCCGAUGUGAUGACCAGUGCGCCGAGUCACGCCCUUCUUUGGAGCUCGGGGAUUUGUGUUCAGAUACAAACCCUACUCCGAUGAAUUCCAAAUGCCGAGACCCGGAUGAAGUUACGUGCUCAGGGACAGUUUACAAAAACACGCCGUACCGAAACUACAUGAGUUACGCAGAAGGAGACAAUUGUACGGAUCAUUUCACUCCUCAGCAGGUGGCCCGUCUUCACUGUUACGCCGAUCUGAGGUACGGGACCUGGAUGACUGGGAGGGAACCUUCACCAAUACCAAUUGCACCAAGGAUACUUAACACUGCCGCAGACACGGUGACUUUGGCGUGGAUUCCUCCUCUCAACACCCAGAACGAGGACGAUGUGAAUCAGUUCUGUUCUCUGUGUCACCAGGACGACUCUCUGGGCCAGUACGCCACCUCUGCGACCUCUUCCAACCCUGGGAAUAUGACUGUCAUGGUCACACCGGACGAGGUCUUAGGAGCCCCAGAUGCUGACAGGUGCACUCCUAGUCAAGGUAUUUGGUUCUCUGAGCAGGAUUUCUGUGAUAUGGAUUGCUUCAUAGACGUCGGCUUUAGUGUACCGGUUAUUCCCACUAGGUUGUUGUUGUGGGUGACGUGGAACACCGUGGACGCCAUAGCGGACGUUGAGCUCCACUUCAUAGAUGGCACCACCGUAUCCUUGGGUCCAAUAACAGUGUUCUGUGAUAUGCCAUUCACAACUCACCUUGACGUCAACCAAAAAGUGAACAAGGUUCGUAUCUACACCAGCAAGCCGUGGGUCGGCAUAGAUGCCGUUGAGCUCGUCUCUAAGCCAAACCAUCCCAACUGUACUCGCUGCAGGCCUCUCAAAUACAAAGUAUAUCGUGAGCCCAGCUUCCCCGACGGAGCCCCGGCAGCAGUAGAUGAAUGUAAAUUAAUUGACAGGAGUGUGGCAGCUGACACGAACUACACGUACCGCAUCCAGGCUAUAGUGGACGGCAAGGGCAGCGCGCUGUCCCCGGCGAUUAGCUAUGUCCAUGGGAGUCCGUUUUGCGGAGAUGGUCAUCUGGAUUCAAACGAACAGUGCGAUGACGGAAAUGCCGCUGAUGGUGAUGGCUGUUCCAUUGACUGCAUGACAGAGGAGUUCUUUAAAUGCAGAGGUGCCCCUAGUCUGUGUUAUCGCCAUGACGGCGACGGUGUGUGUGAGGAGUUCGAGAAGCAAAUAAGUGUGGAAGACUGCGGCUACUACACCCCGCCCGGACACUUUGACCAGUGGGCAGCCGGAGCAGUUGCUAACCCCGUCUACCAGCGGAGGUCAUGUCCAGAGUCGGUGGUCAUUGGGCCACCCACACACCCGCAGGUGUGCGGUCCAGAAAUAGACCCUGUUCACUCGUGGUACCCAUGCGGCGGUUACGGCACCGGGGAACAGUUCUGGCUCAAGGUGUCCUUCCAGCGUCCUGCCAUAGCGUCCAUGGUCAUAGUGUACAUAGGUUCUGAUGGCCUUAUGGAGUACUCCCGCGAGGUGACCACCAUAAAUGUCGAGCUAAUUGAUGAGAAUGGGGAACUGCACCCUGUCGGGCACAAAGAGGUGGAACUCCGUUGUAGGGACAAUCCUGUCGAAAUUGGGGUGCAACAUGAUUUAAGUAAACCAUUCUUUAAAACAAAAGGUGUUUUAAUAAAGUUUACGUCCCCAAAUGUGGCAAUAGCAGCUGUUCGCCUUCGGUCUUCCAAACAUUUGGACCCCAUUACAAUCAGCCAAUGCACGGAUCAAGAGCUGUACAACCCUAGCACUGGACGUUGCUCAGCUUACACCUGUACACUCCCUGUAUGCGGACAAUAUACUGUCGAAAACGCAGAGGUACACUGCACCGGGACUGAAGAUGGCGACACCUGUGAUGUGACUUGCCAUGACGGUUAUACUCUUAGCCGUUCCCACCAAGAAGAUAUCGUGUGUGUGGCCGGCGUUUGGACAGGGCGGGACCUCAUGUGUGUCCCCAUACAAUGCGGGGAGCCACGAAUUCGGUUUGCCACCAGCGUCUGUCCUGAUGGUACCAGUUUUGGGAACCAGUGCAUCUUUAACUGCAACCCACCAGCUUUGUUAAGAGGUACAGAUAACACAGUCACGUGCGACUCUGAUGGCCUUUGGUCUCUUCCCGUGGCUUACUGCCAGGUAAAGUGUCCGCGCCCACCCAGCCCGACUAACGCCAUGCUGGCCACAGUUCAGUGCAAGGAAAACGAACUGGACCCCGGGACCAAAUGCAAAUUCAGGUGUCAGAGAGGGUACCAUGUCACCUCCAUGGCGAAAUCCAGGAGGACGUUUCACAAGACCUGCAUGGGAGACGGCAGUUGGUUUGGAGCGGAUUGUGAUAAAGUCACGUGCGAUCCCCCGGGUUUACAAUAUUAUGGCCUUUAUGCCUGCACUGACCGCUACGACUCUGGCUCGUCUUGCACCAUGAAAUGUCCAGAUGAAGAGCCAAGACCUUCAUGGACGGGACGUACAUCCAGACUAGUCUCCACGUUUCUGGGAUAUUUUUCUCGACGGUCCCAUGUAAUGACGUCCACUAUAACAUGCCAGAAUACUGGACAUUGGGACAAGGAUUUUGCCCCUUGUACGACCAUUGCCGGUCACUGCCCAAUGCCUGUAGAUGACCAGCUGGACAUUUUCUGUAACGGGACCUCAGUUGGUUCCACGUGCAACGUGUCAUGUAAAGGGCUGUACCACGACCCUGUGCUCCUGGGUAAGCCACAGCGCCAUCUGGAGGGAUAUAUUGGUGAGAGAAAUGUCGUUCGGACGUUAACGUGCACUGGAGGGUUGACAUGGCAACCUGAGAUUACCACUAUUAGGUGUAUGGAGCAGUGUAUUUUGUUCAGUGUUGGUAACGGAUACUGUGAUCCAGAAAACAACCGAGAGCACUGCAAUUGGGACGGCGGAGACUGUUGUCCGUCCACUGUCGAAGGCGGGUUUGUCAUGAACCGUCCCUUGCUCUGCGGCGACUUGUGUCGAUGCCUUGACCCGCGCGCCAAAGAGAACAGACAGUCAUUAGACGCAAGCAAGAGACAACGAGCGAGCUUUGCUAAUAUGAGAAGCUUGGGAAUGCGAGGAUAUUGAUCUGUAUUCCAUUUAGAUGUAAUAUUUGUGUACUUGCACGAUCAUUUAUUUUGAAGUUAAAUGUUUUAUAAAUAAGCACAUUAAUUCUCUUAAGUGAUCAGAGGAUCUUUGUAAGAUAUAAUGGUAAAGAAAUAUCCAUUUAAAAGGAAAAUUAUCUAAAAAGAGAUAAAAUUCGUAUUAUGUGGUAUUUUGUGCUAUAAACUUGCCCACUUUGUCUUUAGAUGUGAGUUAUAAAAUUUGAAAAUAUACAGUUCGCAGUCAAAAAAUGCAUGUUACCUUAACCAACCAAGGCCAGUUAAUGACAAUAAAAAAUGAUAUGUAACCGAACGGAAUUUUGACUACGAACUGAGAAUUUAUAACGAUUUUAUAUAUAUAUAUAUCAGUCAUAUUUUAUUACAUGUUAUCGCGGUUUUAAAGAAUAACGUACGUUGAUACUUUGUUGUCGUUUAUUACAGUUAAUUGUAAUAUUAUUUUUAUCCUUCGUUGGGUUAAAAUUGCAGUUUAAUUGUUUAAAAGUACAUGUAUUUAGAAGUAGAUUUUAACCGUUUUUAGUUCUUCAAAGGAAUAUUGCAAGAUUCUUAUGAAACUAGAAUCUCUAUAUGCCAAACAAUGCAAAGAAGGUCAGCAAUUAUAAACCGGUGCAACUAGGUUUUAAACGUUCGAUGUUAUUAUCAAGCGUUAAAAUGUAUAAUUUUACUAGUUGUUAUCUCUUGGAUAUGUACUGAUAAUAAAAGGUCUUAUUUUAACAAGGGUAAUAAUAGUUGUCAAUCAAAGGAUAAAUAGAUUGAUAAUUUUAAGUGUGUUUAUGGCCUUUAGACAUAAAAGUGGGCUUUAAAGACCAACUAUUUUAGUUUUCUGUGACAUAAGUUAUGUAGUGAGUAAUUCAUAUAAUAUAUUGUAUAUUUCAUAAAAAGAAAGACGUGGCUAAUAUCUCAGUCCUGUAGCCGUUGUGCUUUAGUGAAAUUGAUGGUUAUUAUUCAAGUACGUUGGUAACUAGAGGAGGCAUGUUAUUCAGUUAAGCUGGUUGCUCUCAGAAAGAGUUCCCACAGGGUUGGGUCGACCUUUGUAUACCGAUGGUGUUUUAACUUU